CGGUCUCCGCGUGUCAUUCUUGGUUCCCGGGCCCGCCCCUUCCCAGCGGUUCACGGCUCUGGGAAGGAGCGGGCUCCUGUGAAUCCAGAGGGGCGACCGAGAAGGACCCCGAGGACAGAGGAUCCACUUUCACCUUCCGCGUGAGGCGCGCGCUCCUUCGCAGCCUAGCACCGCUGCCCGCCGCACGCUUUUCUCGGCCUCACCACCCGUGAUCCCCAUGGCGACGCCCGCACUGGCCUUGGUUUCAUUUGAAGAUGUGGCCGUGACCUUCACUGUGGAGGAAUGGGGACAUCUGGACCUGGCUCAGAGGACACUGUACCAGGAGGUGAUGAUGGAGACCUGUGGGCUUCUGGUCUCACUGGGGCAUCGUGUUCCCAAGCCAGAGCUGAUCUACCUCCAGGAGCAUUGGCAGGAAGUGUGGGCAGUGAAGAGGGGCCUCUCCCAACGCACAUGCCCAGAUGAAGAAGCAAAAUCUGAUGAUGCCUCAAAACCCACUGCUCAGCUGACUUUCUGUUUCCAAGAACAACUAUCACAGAGAUCCUCAGAGGACUCCAAGUUAGGGCAGACCAAGGAUAAAGAAACAUGGUCAGAAAUGCCAGGUGGGAACACAAGGACAACAGACUCUUCCAAGGAGACAUGCCCUGGAAAGCUGAGUCAUAAACAUGAUGCUCUGGAGACAGAUGAUGGUCUCUGUUUACGAGUCUUACAGGCACAAGCUAUUCCACGAGAUUCUGCCCAUGAACAUAAUUCCCAAAGACCCGAAAAAGAGCCUGCAGUUGAUGUAGUGAGUCUUUAUCAAUGUAAAGAUUGUGGGAAAGUGUUUAGGAAUAAUUGGACCUUAGUGUGGCAUCAGCAGAUUCAUGCUGGAAUAAAGCCUCAUGAGUGCAGUGAGUGUGGGAAAAUCUGUCAUCACAUGGCUGACUUUAUUGAGCAUAUGAGGAUUGAUACUGGGAAGAAACUACAUAAGUGCAUCGACUGUGGGAAGGCCUUCAGACGCAGUUCUCACCUCACUGAGCACCAGCGGCUACACACUGGAGAUAAACCCUAUGCGUGCAAAGAAUGUGGGAAAACCUUCUCCCACCGCUCCACUUUCAUCCAGCACAAGAUGACCCACUCUACAGAAAAGCCUUUCCUGUGCAAAGAAUGUGGGAAAGCUUUUUACUACAGCUCUUCAUUUGCUCAGCACAUGAGGAUUCACACUGGAAAGAAGCUGUAUGAGUGCAGCCAGUGUGGGAAGUCCUUUACUCACUCCUCUACUUUUGUAAAACACAGGAGAACCCACACUGGAGAGAAGCCGUACGAGUGCAGUGAGUGUGGCAAAGCGUUCACUCACCACUCCACAUUUCUCCACCACAGUAUGACUCACACGGGGGAAAAGCCCUUUGUGUGCAAAGAAUGUGGGAAAGCUUUUUGUGUCAAUUCAUCCUUCACUCAGCACAUGAGAAUCCACACUGGAGAGAAGCCAUAUGAGUGCAGUGAGUGUGGAAAGGCCUUCACCCAGCGCUCCACUUUUAUCAGGCAUAAGAGGACACACACUGGGGAAAAACCCUUUGAGUGCAAAGAAUGUGGAAGGGCCUUUUGUGACACCUCUUCUCUGAUUCAACACAUGCGGCUUCACACUGGUGAGAAGCCCUAUGAAUGCAGUGAAUGUGGAAAGGCCUUCACCCACCACUCAGUUUUUAUCCGACACACUAGAACCCACAGUGGAGUGAAACCCUUGGAAUGCAAAGAAUGUGCAAAAGCCUUUUACUAUAGUUCUUCCUUCAUCCGACACAUGAGAAUUCACACUGGAGAGAAGCCUUAUGUUUGCAGAGAAUGUGGGAAAGCCUUCACUCAACCUGCAAAUUUUCUUCGGCACAGUAGGAUCCAUACUGGAGAGAAACCCUUCGAAUGCACAGUAUGUGAGAAGGCUUUUUAUGACACUUUUGCCUUAAUUAGGCACAUGAGAACUCACACAGGGGAAAAACCCUUUGAGUGCGGUGAAUGUGGAAAAGCCUUCAGCCAUAAUUCUUCCUUCAUUCAGCACCGAAAGAUCCAUAGCAGGGUUUAAAAGACACAGAACAGUCUUUUGCGCUUGUGUUCACUUCCAUCCACACCUGAAUAGCACAUGCUAGCAAAAUACUUUUCAAUGUUACCAUCAGGGAAAAUCUUAUGGCCAGAGAAAUAAUUUAGUUUCUGGAAAUUCAUGCUGAAGAGACACGAUUGUCAUCCCUAUAACAGCUUUUUGUGGCACAUCAUCAUUUGUCAUCUAAAGAAUUAUGUAUUAAAAAUCAGCCCAGCCUAAGCUUUGCACAGUAUCUGAGAAUUGUCUGGAGUAAAACCCAGUUUUGCUAGGCAUUUAGGUAAAUGUCAGCAGCAAUCAUCCUUUUAUUUAUACAGCAAAUCUAACUUGGGUAUUUUAAAGCAGCAAGGAAAAAGGAGGAGACAGAUGAGCAAAGGUGAAAAAAUGUAUGCAUGCAUGGCCUCUCUGAUUUCCCUAGGAAGCAGUGAAAUUGUCAUGGCAGCAUGAGAGAUCUAAAAGACCUCACCCCCACGUGUCUUCACACUCC